AUGAUGGAACGUCUCCUUUCCCCACACUCUGCAGAAGCUCGCGCCCACCUACAUGCAACGGAAAAUGGCAUCGACGCUGACCAUGAAUCAACAAGACCACAAAUCGACGAGAGGAUACUAGCAUAUACUGCUGCUUAUACUGGCUUGGAGAGAUAUCUGUCGGGUGAACACCUCUUCAUUGUUCCGCGGACAAGGCCCCAACUGGAAAGCAUACUACGCCGGUACAGCACCGAUGCCAUCCACAAUGCCAUUGCCAAGAGUCGGUCCACUUUGAAUGAAGGAGGCUAUAGCCGAGUGAUCACCUUGGCGGUUGAGUCGAUUCGAGCAGUUCUAAACGCGGGGGACAAUGAAGCUUAUUUACUCGGCCUGCACUCUCCUCAGUCAUCUCCCACCACUCAAGAUGGGCCGCCAUAG